AUGAUCGGGCCCUCGUCCGGGGCAGACGGCUCGCAAUCUGGCCACGAGGUGGUCGAAAAUCCUGGAAGAGCGAAACGGAAGGUCUUCGAUGAAGAGGACGCUGAAGAGGAGGACUUUUGCCAAGGGAGCAGAAAGCGUCACCUGGCCCUGACGGAGCUCCAGGUCGGGGACCAGCAGACCGGAGAAAGCCAGAUGCUCAUCAGGGAGCCAGGCUUCCAGGAAGCAGCUGCUGCAGUUUCCGGACCCGUGGCCAGGCUCGAGGUCCUCGUCGUGGACGGUUCCUGGGACACCUCGACCUUCGGGGCGAGUCUAGCCGACAUGGCGGUCCCGGCACCGUGCUCGGCAGGACCCGUUCUCGCCGACGUCCAGACGAUCCACGGGGAAGGCUAUGGGACCCUUCCUUUCUGGGAAUCACCGGGUUCUAUAGAGCCCAGGAUCGCUCCCGGGAACUCCUUCGUGGACGCCCUGACCUGCCCCAACCCUGCUCCCGAUAGUCCCAGGAACGAGGACCAGGACAACGGGAACCUCUCUUGGCUGCUCGACUUCAAGCUGGACUCCCUCAUCGAGGCCCCCGAGGAGAGGUCUUCCUUCGACCCCAGGGACUCUCUUCAGGGCAACCCCAGGAACAAGUCCCAUGGGAGUACCAAGUGCAAUGGAUUCACGACCUAUGCGAACGACAUGAAGAGAUCCUACUCGCAGGAGACUUCGACCUCGCUGCAGGAGCCUAUUGCCCCGCCUGCGUACCCGACCUCUGAUAACAGAGUUAUCAAUUCCUCAGGUCGCUACAAUGGCCCGAAGAAGCCCCCCUUUACCUAUACGGAACUGAUCGAGCACGCUCUUCAAGAACGGGGCGAGUUGACUGUGUCGGCGAUUUACCAAUGGAUUUCGGAACACUUCCCGUACUACAAGAGCAACGACGACCGCUGGAAGAACUCCGUGCGGCACAACUUGUCGAUAAAUCCGCACUUUCGGAAGGGCUCGAAAGCCCCUCAUGGAGCGGGUCAUCUUUGGGCGAUCGCAAACCGAGGAGAGAUGAGACCUCGCCAAGUAUUGCCGCCGAGUGGAGGCACUGGUAGUGCGACCUCUCGUCAGCAACUCUCCAGGAACCCGCCCGAUAGCGGGCGAGCGAGUAUCGGAGGAAACUUCCGAAAGAGCGGAAACGUGUCUAGUCAAAUCGUCACGCUGGAUGAGGUGGCUGCGGCCACGGCCAGUAUUCAGCAACCGGAUGACACCAGCAAUAUUGUAAAUUCUGUCACCCUGGAACACUGUGCCGAACAGAUCUUGAGUGGGAUCAAGAGGGAGGUGGAGGUGCAGUAUUUAGUGCCGAUGGUGGUACCUAAUGAUUCCUCUCAGCAGAUGCAACAGACUCGACACAAUGGUCAGCAUAUUCAGGGAGAGCAUGGUCGCUCGGUGUCCAAAGAAACUGAUUUUCUAAAUCCAGUCUCGAAGGAAGUAGUAGCCGAAGAGUGUGGAUUGAUAGGUGAAGGGUACCUGGUUACGGACCUUAACCCAUCGGCACUAGGUCUUAACAUGAUCGAUCCUGAAAUGAUUACAACGGAUAGUCUCUUUGGAGAGGAACUGAGCUUUCAGUUCUACGAGCUGACCUCCCCGUCCCAGCUACAGUCUGCUUGA